AUGUUGCUGACAUUGACCCUGAAGAAGUGGGUCGUGUUCACGUACAUCGGGAAGACGAUGUUGUAUGGUUGGCGCACUACGAACUUUGUGAAGAGUGAACACAAGACUUCGCGCGUCAACGGCUUACGCUACAUGUUGCCGUUUCCAUUUGUUCGCGCGUUUGUGGACUUUAUUCGUGACGACAUCAAGAAAAAGCGCGAUCGAGCCAAGACGUGGGUUGAAGAAGGCCGCAAAGUAACUCCUGGAGCACUGAUGUCGUACGACGAGCAGCUUCAAUGGGUUGCACAGUACGCUACGAACCUUGUCAGCGACGACAUAGUCCAAGUGUUUUCGACGAAGUAUUUGCCGAAGGUCACGAGGCGAAUCAUCGUGUCGAAGCGAGAUUGCAGUUGCGGCUAUAUGGACCAGCAAGGCAUACCAUGGCGGCACUUCAUCGCUGCACUGGUGUCAGCUGGCAACGUGCACAGAGUGCUUGAGUACUUUGACCCCACGUAUCAUGUCGACGUGUAUGCAACUCCAUUCAGUGGUCGGUUCGUUCUUUCUCCCAUCGAAGCGGAACUCCAUCAAACCAGUUUGCUCCCCCCACAAGAACGAUCGACUCGCCCAGGGCCAAUUGUGUCCUGA